GUGAAAUAAUAAGAAAAAAUGUAUGGCAGCAAAAAAUGUAUCACAACAAAGAUUUUACAAGUUUACACCCAAGCAGUUAAAGAUCAAUCUGGGACGAGGAACAGAGAUAUUAAAAUGAAACAGGCGACGGAAUGAGAGGUGGAGCGCUCAGUAGAUAAGCUGGAACAAUACCACCCUUCAUGUGGGACUGACAUCCAACUGAAACAGUCAAAUGAACCGUCUCUGCUUCCUUUGGAGACUCAUUUAGUGACUACGGAUGAUCACGGCGCUGCUCGGUCAGCUCCUGUCGGACGGCCCAGGAUGGCGAAGCAGACGAUGGCGGCAGAUGGAGGCCUGAAGGAGCUGGUGCUGAGGUGGUUCACCGACACGCAGGCACCGCUCAUCCUGCAGAACGGGAACUUCCCUGACUGGUUCCAGGGCCUCGCUGCCAGAAAGGAAGCAGAAGAUGUGCUGAGAGAUAAAGCUCUGGGCUGCUUCCUCAUCCGCCUCAGCGAUAAAGCCAUCGGCUACAUCCUGUCCUACAAAGGUCAAGACAGGUGUCGCCAUUUUGUCAUUUCCCAAAAUGCUGAAGGGCAGUUUGUGAUAGCAGGAGACUGCCAGCUGUUUGGCAGCCUGGCCCAGCUGAUCGAGCAUUACAAGGUCCGGCCCAUCCAGCCGUUUGGGGAGUUCCUCACCUCCAGCUGCUGCCAGGUGAGACACAAAACCCCCUUUUACAAAUCUGUUGCAGCAGCAUGGCUGAAGGCCCUUCCUCCGGUACCAAAAAGAGGAAUGCCUCUGGGUUUUUCCCUGAGUGGAUCCCUACCAGACACGACGUCCCAUCCCAGUGAAAUGCCCACCAACCCAAACAGAGCGCAGAGACACAGAGGAAGGACAACGCCGCCGCUGCCCGCUGACAGAGACUCGUUCCACCCAACAGACUCAAACAAUUCAAGUGAAUUUUACAAAGACAUUGUGCCGGUUGCUGAUCUGAGCCAGGUGGAGAGCCGGAGCCGAUCGCUGCCGUAUCUGGGCAACGACGACGAGGAGGAGGAGGAGGAGGAGGAAGAGGAGAAAUACUCCAACAAGCUUAACAGCCUCUCCGUCACGGCGUCCGCCCCGCCAAAGAAGGUCACCUGCCUCACGUACUCCUACCACACCCCAGGUGUGCCUCAGAGCAGCUUCGGGUCAGAACCAGAGAACGGCAGCCAGGACCGGCUGAGACCCAACCCUCUGUACCAAUCCUCCGAGGCCGCCGCAGGAAGUCCAGCCCAGCGGGCUGACAGCAUGUACGCCGAGGUCCCUGAGGGCCCGACGCGGACCGCCGACGACACGUACGAGCAGAUCCCCAGGGACGGCGCCGCCCACGGCAACACGUACGAGUCGGUGGAGGACGUGAAGAACAAGAAACCCAAAAGCACCUGGGGGAAAAAUAACAUUAACUGGAAGAAAUUUUUCCCUGAUAACAAGAAGAAAUGAAUGACACGUCCCUGAGGUUCGUUCUGGAUCUUCUCUGCUGUCAAGACUCAAGUUUUCGGGUUUCCUGGUUAAUAUAACAGCCAUUUCCUCAGUUCAGCUGCAGUAGCUGCUUUUACAUUGAUCGUAUAAUUGCACAAUUUGACAUUUUCAAGAUAAAUUUGCUUUAUGGAAAC